GAGGGGCGGGGCCCGGGUACAGGCAAGUCAGGGCCAGCCCACAGGGCUCCUUUUCCUUUUUGAUCCAUUCAAAAAUUACUCAUUGCAAAUUCCCGGACUGCUAGGCGAGGAGAGGGAAGGGGGCGGAGGAGACAGGGCUACUGCAGGCGCAGCGCUGGGGGCAGCCGGGGGCCCGAGUGGCUGAGGCUCGUCCCGCAGCGGCUGCUUGCCGGCGUUCUGGCUCCUGUGGCCUCACCAGGAAGCGUCAGAGUCUCGACACUGGGGAAGCUCGGAGCGCCGCCUCCGCCGCCGCCGCCUCCUGCUUGGCUCUGGGUCCCCGAGCCCCCUCCCCUGGCCCAGCCCGACUCCCUCCUCCUUCCCGGACCAUCCGGCUCGGGCUCCUUCCCUGGCGAUGGCUGGCCGCUGAGCCAUGGCUCAGUACGGCCACCCCAGUCCGCUCGGCAUGGCUGCGAGAGAGGAGCUGUACAGCAAAGUCACCCCCCGGAGGAACCGCCAACAGCGCCCCGGCACCAUCAAGCACGGAUCCGCGCUGGACGUGCUCCUCUCCAUGGGGUUCCCCAGAGCCCGCGCACAAAAAGCGUUGGCAUCCACGGGAGGAAGAAGUGUUCAGGCAGCAUGUGACUGGUUAUUCUCCCACGUUGGUGACCCCUUCCUGGAUGACCCCCUGCCCCGGGAGUACGUCCUCUACCUCCGUCCCACCGGCCCCUUAGCACAGAAGCUUUCUGACUUUUGGCAGCAGUCGAAGCAGAUCUGCGGGAAGAACAAGGCACACAACAUCUUCCCCCACAUCACACUCUGCCAGUUCUUUAUGUGCGAGGACAGCAAGGUGGAUGCCCUGGGGGAAGCCCUGCAGACCACGGUCAGUCGCUGGAAAUGUAAGUUCUCAGCCCCGCUGCCCCUGGAGCUCUACACGUCGUCCAACUUCAUCGGCCUCUUCGUAAAGGAAGACAGUGCGGAGGUCCUCAAGAAGUUUGCUGCUGACUUUGCUGCAGAGGCUGCAUCCAAAACCGAAGUGCAUGUGGAACCUCAUAAGAAGCAGCUACAUGUGACCCUGGCUUACCACUUCCAAGCCAGCCACCUACCCACCCUAGAGAAACUGGCCCAGAACAUUGACGUCAAGCUAGGGUGUGACUGGGUGGCUACCAUAUUUUCUCGGGAUAUCCGAUUUGCUAACCAUGAGACAUUACAAGUCAUCUACCCCUAUACCCCACAAAAUGACGAUGAGCUGGAGCUGGUCCCUGGGGACUUCAUCUUCAUGUCUCCAAUGGAGCAGACCAGCACCAGCGAGGGUUGGAUCUAUGGUACGUCCUUAACCACCGGCUGCUCUGGACUCCUGCCUGAGAAUUACAUUACCAAGGCUGAUGAAUGCAGCACCUGGAUAUUUCAUGGUUCUUAUUCAAUCUUAAAUACAUCAUCGUCCAACUCUCUCACAUUUGGGGAUGGAGUAUUGGAGAGGCGGCCGUAUGAGGACCAGGGGCUCGGGGAGACGACUCCUCUUACUAUCAUCUGCCAGCCCAUGCAGCCGCUGAGGGUCAACAGCCAGCCCGGCCCCCAGAAGCGAUGCCUUUUUGUGUGUCGGCAUGGUGAGAGGAUGGAUGUUGUGUUUGGGAAGUACUGGCUGUCCCAGUGCUUCGAUGCCAAAGGCCGCUACAUACGCACCAACCUGAACAUGCCUCAUAGUUUACCUCAGCGGAGUGGUGGUUUCCGAGAUUACGAGAAAGAUGCUCCCAUCACUGUGUUUGGAUGCAUGCAAGCGAGACUAGUGGGUGAAGCCUUAUUAGAGAGCAAUACCAUUAUCGAUCAUGUCUAUUGCUCCCCGUCCCUUCGCUGCGUUCAGACUGCACACAAUAUCUUGAAAGGUUUACAACAAGAAAAUCACUUGAAGAUCCGUGUAGAGCCCGGCUUAUUUGAGUGGACAAAAUGGGUUGCUGGGAGCACAUUACCUGCAUGGAUACCUCCAUCAGAGUUAGCUGCAGCCAACCUGAGUGUUGAUACAACCUACAGACCUCACAUUCCAGUCAGCAAAUUAGUUGUUUCAGAAUCCUAUGAUACUUAUAUCAGUAGAAGUUUCCAAGUAACAAAAGAAAUAAUAAGUGAAUGUAAAAGUAAAGGAAAUAACAUCCUGAUUGUGGCCCACGCAUCUUCCCUUGAAGCGUGCACCUGCCAGCUUCAGGGCCUGUCACCUCAGAACUCCAAGGACUUCGUACAAAUGGUCCGAAAGAUCCCAUAUCUGGGAUUUUGUUCCUGUGAAGAAUUAGGAGAAACUGGAAUAUGGCAGCUGACAGAUCCACCAAUCCUUCCUCUUACCCAUGGACCAACUGGGGGCUUCAACUGGAGAGAGACCUUGCUUCAAGAAUAAACCACACCAGUGAACGAGAAGGAAAGGCCUUUUGGAGUGUGUCUUUUUGUGUGUUUAAAAACAGUGGGAAAAUCCACACCACAUUCUAAGUGGACAGCUCAGAAUAAUUUAGCAUAUUUCCUUUCACACUUAAAGUUCUUAAGAUGAGACUGUAUAAAUGAGAGAAAGACUUGAUUCAGAGGAAAAAAAUGUGUUCUCUCUGGACUCUUGCCUAGCUCACAAGGCUUUGGAGAAUUGUCUUCCUAAAUCGGGGCACCUGCUACAGAAGAGAAUGUUUCGUUCCCUCUGGGUAUGCACAGCUAAGGGGCCUCAUUCCUCCCAGAGGGAGCUGCUGGCCCGCUCUAAGGGGUGCAAGAGGAAGGAGUGUGCCCAGACCAGCUGGGGGAGCAUUGAAAGGGCAGCUUGGGGAUGGAAUUUUUUUUUUUUAAUCUCCAUUUUCCAGUUAGGUAGAGCCAAGCUGAGGAAUCCUUUUAAGAUUAUUAGAAAACAUGCCCUGAAGAGAGUUGUUCUUAGGUUACACAUGCAAUCCUACCGUCACUAGCUCCCAUACAGCAGUGUUGCUGGCUGAAGAAACCCGCUUAAGGAUGCUAACAUUUACUCUGGUACUGCCACAUUUUCUCUAGAGCAGCUGGCCCUUCUUGCUACAGCCCUAUCCCCCCCUUGCUUCUGUGAAAUGGGGAGACAAAGCACUUUUGCUCUCCAAAGCACUUUUGGCUACUCAGGAGGAAAGAUAAGAUAAAUGUUUGAAGUAUUCAAUCAUAGGAACAAAGAACUUGCAAAAUAUGAAGUGACUUGGAAUUAACCAUGUUGUAGCCUAAUGUGCUACUGCAUUUCUAAAUCAUCAAUAUUUGCUUGUCUUUGCCCCUAGACUCUAGACUAUGUUAACUAGUUAAGGAUGUUACAUUUUGAAAGGAUGUAUGUUAGAUAUAUUAUUUGCAGCAAGAAGUUCAUUCUGUGCAAUAUGGACAUGUUUGCAAACCAUACCAAGGGUCAGGUUGUUGUACACUUACAGUACAUGUCAACCAUAAUGGAACAUCCACAGAUGCAUCAAUUAUACCAGGGAUGUAUAGUAAGUCAGGGAACUAAUAUAAAUGAUGACAGUCAUGGCUGCACUGCUACUUGUGCUGUCGUUUUGUUUGUUUUUCUAUGAUAAUUUAAAAUACAUAGGUAGGGCUACUUGAGGAAACUUGGAGAGCCACGUUCUGUGGUUUCUCAGUAUACUUACUUCCUGCAUUUAGAGGGAGUUUAUUUAAAAGAAAAAUAAAUGACAAUCAAACCAAAUCAUCAGUUAUCAAUAUCUGUUUAAUUGUAUGACUAUCUGACUGUUGAUGGCCACAGAUGAUGGUCUCCUAUGGUAUAGUUCACUCUGUAGAAGAUGUAUGCAAAGUGAAAUGCCAGCCCUUUAAAGAGACAUUAGUUAGUGUAAAAUGAAUCUUUAUAUGUUGCAGUAACAUUGACUGUGUUUCAAAACUCAGAUGCAUAAAACGUAAGGUAUAUAAAAAUAGAUCUAUGCUUGCAUUUGAAACUACAACUUGAUAACCCCUAGAAAGAAGAGGACAUGAAAGGAUGCUGGCUAUAUAUGUUAAUCAGCAAAAGGAUUAUAGUUAUUUUGUUUUGUUUUUAGAGACAGGGUCUCACUAUAAUGCUUAGACUGGUCUUGAACUCCUGGGCUCAAGCGAUCCUCCUGCCUCUGUCUCCCAAAGUGCUAGGAUUACAGGUGUGAGCCACCACACCUGGCCCAUAGUUGUAUUUUUUUUAGGUCACUUAGAAAAAUAUGUCAUGUAUUUUACAUUUUGAGAAACAAAUCAUGGUUUCUUCUAGCAUUGCACAAAUACUGACCCAGCUUCUGCGUAUGGAAAUAACCCUGUGGUGAUAUGUUAAUAUAAAAUGCUGGGGGGAAUAUUCCCAAUAAAGGUCUUAAAAGAAAAGUCACAUUACAACUAA